GUUGGUGCCAUUUUGAAAUUGUACUUCACCCAAGAAAAGGCAAAUAAUUUUGAAGCGACACGCUAAUCGCGGUAAAAUUUUUUUGAGUUUUAAUUUAGUCUUUUUGAAAUUCACAAUAAUAAUUUAAAAAAAAAGUGUUGGAGUAUAAUUAUUAUUAUUUUAUUAAAAAAAAAUAAAGUUUAGAUAGUCGUAAAGGGUAAAAUUAAGUUUACAUAAAAGUGCCGGACAUUUAAAAGAAAAUGAGUGACGAUGAAUAUUCGACUGUUGCUAGAGGAAAAUUAAAAUUAAAAACUGAUUCUGAAAAUUCUAUAAAGAAAAAAAAAAAAAGUAAAAAAAAUAAAAGUAAAGAACGUGAAAAAAUUGAAAAAGCCUUAAAAAAAGAUGGCGGCGAGCAAACUUUUGUUAAUACUCCUCAAUCCGAAAGUAAUCCCAGUACUCGCCAGUUAACGAAAGCUGAAGUUUCCUUCAAAAAACAGCAAGAAAAAAUGCAAAAAAAACGUAUAUUGGAGAAGGCUACGACGACACAUAAACAAAGAGUAGAGAAGUUUAAUGAACACUUAGACUCUUUGACAGAGCAUUUUGAUAUACCUAAAGUUUCGUGGACAAAGUAAAUAUUCUGGAAAUUUUUCGCUUCCAAUCGCUGUUUUAAUUAUGGCUAUUUUCAUUUAUAUUUAACAUAGAAGCAAAAUAUAUCAAACAAUAUUAUUUGUAAAUCAAAAAUUGCGUCAAGUUUUCCUGAAAUUUUGGAUUUUAAAUUAAAACACGAUCCAGUUAAAUCAAAUUCAACGGUAAGUCAAUUUUCGAUUAUAAGUGCAUUUUUGGCAGCUGCGUUAACAUCAGUAUUUACUGUUGCUGAUACAAAAAUUGAAAAUCAACAAAAAUUAAAUUUGAAAACAAAAUUUAUCAACGUUUUAAGAUUAAGGUCUGGGAAUUGUGGAGGAUGGGGAAGCACUUUUUUAACAUUAUAUAAUAACCAUUCUUCAAUUAAUUUGUAAUCUAUAAUUUUUGGACGACCUCUCUCAGACGCUACUUCUAAACUUUAAGUUCUUUUAAAAUUUUUGUGUGGUUGAAAAUCAGCCUUUGUGUUGUGUGGAAUAUUUCUUAAUCACAUCGGGGUCACCAAUUGUAGAGGUAGAUUAUACAAGCAUGUAAUUAUUUAUUAAGAACACUUAAUAAUUUUAAAUUAUUUUAUUAAAAUUCAAUUAUUAAUUUGAUUACAAAUUUUUGUAUAAUAAAUUUAUGUUAAAUUCUAAAAUUAAUCAUUAUAUUAUGUAAUAUAAUAUAUAAUAUACAAAAUUAAUUAUUACAUUAUACAGUAUGUUAUGCCUAGUAGCACUUCACUACUUACCUAUUACAGUAAAAAAGAGAAUAACGACUGAAGAGAGUGAAUUACAGGUAGCGGUAUUCGUAGGGAUGCUAUGAGAGCAAGAUUUUACGAUGUUAUUUUAUACCGCUACUUACUAUAAUUUACACCAUUAUACGUAGCAAGAGCAUGAAUCUAAUCAAUUAGUUAAAAUACGAAAUUUUUUAGAACAGCGCCACUCAUUAUUCAGUUAUUUGUCGAUACCCACAAAACCCUAGUAUAUCGACGACGGUACGUCAUCGGCAAAAUAAUUUUUUAAAAAAGAAAACAAAAACGAAUUAAGUAAAAUCGGAAUGAAUUUGCUUGAACGCAAAUCUGAACCAAGUAUGCCUUGUUCAGUACGCGUUUUGACCGCAACGGCUAUUGAAGAAAAUCGAGAUGAAAUUUUUUCUCUAUUUAGGAUAAAUUUAAAUGGAAGUUUAUGAUAGACAAAAUGGAAGUGAAAUAGUGAUGUGUUUAUGGAGGAAGACCGGUAAAUAUUGCUGUAUGGACACUUGGUGUGACACUGGAGUGGGUGAUGAUUAGGGAUCUUGAAAUGGAGGCCUGUUGUUUUGAGGAAGGUGGAACUGAUUUAGCAGGAAUAAUCUAAACACGUUCUUUUUGUGCAAGGAUGAAUAUGUAUGUUGCGUUGAUAACGCAUUCGUCUUUUAGCAUAGUUUAGAAAUUUUGGACUACUUGGUUAUUUGGGCUGGGUGACUAUCUUGUGGUGCCUUUUGAAGUUGCAAUGGAGUCAGAUUUGGAGUUUAUUGAAGUUGCAGUCAAUAAACUUUUUCUAAAUGCGAAAAUUGGAUUAAAUACGAGAUAAAUUUAAAUUAAACAAAAAGUUAAAUGAAAGUUCGAAGAAUCGUAACCCUAUCUUUGAUUAUGAAAAAAGAUCCAUAUUUUAUGUGGCUAUAAUUGCUUUAGUUAUACAUAUAUGUAUACGUUUAUAUUACCUUUACGUUUAACAGCUUGCUUUCAUUUUUAUCUUCUAAAAUUUUUAAUAAGUUACGCUUCGUACAUAUUUCGUAAUUUGAUUCGUCUUAUACUAUGAAACAUCCAUUAUCAUGAUAUUCUAAUGUGAAAAAAUUAUUUUUUUAGGGUUAGUAAAGUUUCGUGUAUACUGUAAAUACCGAUUUUUCUGCUCCUAAGAUAAAAUAAUAAAUUACCCAUUUAAUGUAUCGAAUUAUAAAUAAUUGUUUUAAAUUUUUUAUAGCCUUGUUCAUGCUUCGAUUUUAAACUAUUCGGCGAAUAUUGAAAAAUUAAUAAUUUAGAUAAAAAAAAAUUGAAAAUUGAAAGUCUGAAAUCUUGAAGAUGUAUUUAAAGCUAAAUCUGGUUCCGGCUUAUAAAUUUUUUUAAAAACAAUUUCUUUAAACUAAAAAAAAAAAAUUAGUUUUCCUUUUGGUUUUCAGCAAGAUUUGAUAUGUUAUUUCCUAGAUAAUUGCAUAGAUUUUUGAAUUUGCCGGAUAUUGGAUUCUAAAUUUAAUAUUUGGUUCGUCUUUUAACGAAGUAUUUAUGAUAAGUACCAUCAUUUGCUAUUCCUAAACUAAAAAACUUUUUCAAAUAAAGCGUAUUCAUAGUUAAAUAAAUAAAAUUAACAUUCAU